AUGGUUUUUAGUGACGAUGAGGGUAGUGACAGUGAUGAAUCGGUGUUGCCAUGGGAGAGGGAAGAGAAGGAGGGAGUGGAAAUGGAAGGAGGGAUAGAGAGGGAGAGGAAGAGGAGAUUAAAGGCGCCGACUUUGGCAGAAUUGACAAUAGAAGAUGAGGAAUUGAGGAGGUUGAGGAGAAUGGGGAUGUUUAUUAGGGAGAGGAUCAGUAUUCCGAAAGCAGGGAUUACGAAUGCGGUUUUGGAGAAGAUUCAUGAUAAGUGGAGGAAAGAAGAGGUGGUUAGACUUAAGUUUCACGAGGUGCUUGCUCAUGAUAUGAAGACUGCUCAUGAGAUUGUUGAGCGUCGAACAGGAGGAUUAGUUAUAUGGAGAGCAGGGAGUGUUAUGGUGGUGUUUCGUGGAACUAACUAUCAAGGGCCUCCAUCUAAAUUACAACCUGCUGAUAGAGAAGGGGAUGCUCUUUUUGUCCCUGAUGUUUCUUCUGCUGACGGUGCGAUAAUGAGAGGCAGUGAUAAUGCAACUUCGACUUCUGAAAAAAGUGAACCAGUGAUGAGGAGAAUGGAACCUUCCGAGAACAUGACAGAAGAGGAAGCUGAAUUUAACAGCCUACUAGAUGGUCUGGGCCCUCGUUUUGAGGAGUGGUGGGGUACAGGAUUACUUCCAGUUGAUGCUGAUUUGCUUCCUCCAAAAGUUCCUGGUUACAAAACUCCUUUUAGGCUCCUACCGACUGGAAUGCGGUCACGGCUUACUAAUGCAGAGAUGACUAAUAUGCGAAAGCUUGCUAAAGCACUUCCUUGUCAUUUUGCCCUAGGGAGAAACAGAAAUCAUCAAGGGCUGGCAAUCGCUAUACUCAAGCUUUGGGAGAAAAGCGUAGUUGCAAAGAUUGCUGUGAAACGGGGCAUCCAGAAUACAAAUAACAAACUGAUGGCAGAUGAACUAAAGAUGUUAACAGGUGGUGUGUUAUUGCUCAGAAACAAGUAUUACAUUGUCAUAUACAGAGGAAAGGAUUUUCUGCCAGAGAGUGUAGCUGCUGCUUUAGCAGAGAGACAGGAAGUGACGAAACAGAUUCAAGAUGUUGAAGAGAGAGUGCGAAGCAAAGCAAUGGAGGCAGUGCCAUCAGGUGAAGGUGAAGGAAAGGCACUUGCAGGUACAUUGGCAGAGUUUUAUGAGGCUCAAGCACGGUGGGGAAGAGAUAUAUCCACUGAAGAGCGUGAAAAAAUAAUUGAAGAAGCCUCCAAAGCUAAAGCUGUGAGACUUGUCAAACGAAUUGAACAUAAGUUAUCUAUUGCCCAGGCCAAAAAGCUUAGAGCUGAGCGACUGUUAUCCAAGAUAGAAACUUCAAUGGUUCCUUCUGGUCCUGAUUAUGACCAAGAAACAAUCAGUGAGGAGGAAAGGGUUAUGUUCCGCAGAGUUGGUUUAAGAAUGAAGGCGUACUUGCCUCUAGGUAUUCGUGGUGUUUUUGAUGGUGUCAUUGAGAAUAUGCAUUUGCAUUGGAAGCAUAGAGAACUUGUGAAACUAAUAUCCAAACAAAAGACUCUUGCAUUUGUGGAAGAUACAGCAAGAUUGUUGGAAUAUGAGAGUGGUGGGGUACUGGUGGCAAUAGAAAGAGUUCCCAAAGGAUUUGCUCUUAUUUACUAUCGUGGGAAGAAUUACCGCCGACCCAUCAGUAUAAGGCCAAGAAACCUUCUAACAAAGGCAAAAGCAUUGAAGCAUUCAGUGGCCAUGCAAAGACAUGAGGCUCUUAGCCAGCACAUAUCUGAACUGGAAAAGAACAUUGAAGAAAUGAUGAAAGAAAUGGGUCUUUCUCAAGAAGGAGAGGAUGAGAAUAAAAAUUGGAGAUCAGACGAAAAUGGCCCCUUAAAUCAUGUCUCAGAAUUAACCCAAAGUGAGGAUGAAGCUUUUUUCACUGGAUCUGAUGGGGAAGAAGAUGACAAUGAUGAAAUUAAUUGGGAAGCUGACGAAGAUUUUUGA